AUCCAUUAUCCAUCAAUCAAUCUUCUCAUAUUUUUCUCUCUGAUUCCUAUCACUUCUUUGCUAGACAGAAGAAAAAAAAAAACUACAUCCAUGGCUUCUCUUUCUUUCUCAAACUCCGUCUUAUUUGUGCUUUGUAUUUUUGCUAUCGCUUUCUCCGAGGCCAAUUUGAACAAAGAUUUUCAGAUUACUUGGGGCGACGGCCGGGCUAAGAUACUCAACAAUGGCGAGCUUCUGACUCUGUCUCUCGACAAAGCCUCCGGCUCCGGAUUUCAGUCUAAGAAUGAGUAUUUGUUCGGCCAGAUUGAUAUGCAGCUCAAGCUUGUCCCUGGCAAUUCAGCUGGCACUGUAACUGCAUAUUAUUUGUCAUCAAAAGGGUCGACAUGGGAUGAGAUUGACUUCGAGUUCUUGGGUAACCUGAGCGGUGACCCUUACAUUAUUCACACUAAUGUCUUCAGUCAAGGCAAAGGCAACAGAGAACAACAAUUCUAUUUAUGGUUUGACCCAACUGCUGAUUUUCACACAUAUUCUGUCCUUUGGAAUCCUCAACAAAUUGUUUUCUCUGUGGACGGUACACCAAUCAGAAAGUUCAAGAAUUUAGAAUCAAAGGGGGUUCCAUAUCCAAAGAACCAACCAAUGAGAAUAUAUUCGAGUCUUUGGAAUGCUGAUGAUUGGGCCACAAGAGGUGGUUUGGUCAAGACAGACUGGAGCCAAGCACCUUUCACUGCCUCAUACAGAAACUUCAAGGCCAAUGCUUGUGUUUUUUCCUCUGGAGCUUCUUCUUGUUCUUCGCAUUCCGCUUCUUCUUCGACCUCCGGUGCGAAUUCCUGGCUAUCUCAGGAGUUGGAUUCGGCCGGUGAAGAGAAGUUGAAAUGGGUGCAGAAGAACUAUAUGAUCUACAAUUACUGCACAGAUGCUAAGAGAUUCCCACAAGGCACUCCUCAAGAAUGCAAGAUAGCCUAAAGAUGAGAAGAUACAAAUUUUUUUUUAUUGUGUUAUUAUUUUGGUGUACUGGUUGAUUAGUUAUUCUCUUUGUAAUGUAAUUUAUUCUUUUAUUCGUUCCAGAAAUCUGUUUGAGAGUAAUUAUAAUUAGUAUGAACAAUUUUUUUUGGACUU